GCGGGGCGCUGGGAAGGCAGGACAGCGAGCGAGGGAGCGUCGAGCUGCGAUGCUUUGGGGCCGGCCGGGCUAGCAGGCAGCGCGUUUUGUGCGGGUCGGUCGUCGGUCACUCACUCACCAGCGAGGGCGCCGGCCGUCAUGGAGAACCAGCUGGCGCGCUGCAAGAUCGUGGUGGUGGGCGACAGCCAGUGCGGCAAGACGGCGCUGCUGCACGUUUUCGCCAAGGACGCCUACCCCGAGAAUUAUGUCCCCACUGUAUUUGAGAACUACACUGCCAGUUUUGAGAUUGAGAAGCAGCGCAUUGAACUUAACAUGUGGGACACUUCAGGCUCAACAUACUAUGACAAUGUCCGCCCCCUUGCCUAUCCAGAUUCAGAUGCUGUUCUCAUCUGUUUUGACAUUAGCCGUCCUGAAACUCUGGACAGUGUCCUUAAAAAGUGGCAGGGAGAGACACAAGAAUUCUGCCCUGGUGCCAAAGUGGUUUUGGUGGGCUGCAAACUGGACAUGCGCACAGACUUGAACACUUUACGGGAACUCUCCAAACAGCGCCUUAUCCCUGUUACACAUGAGCAGGGCAGCAUGCUGGCCCGGCAGUUGGGUGCUGUGGCGUAUGUAGAAUGCUCUUCCAAGGUGUCGGAGAACAGCGUGCGGGACGUUUUCCAUGUGACCACACUGGCCUCAGUCAAUCGAAUUCACAAGCACCUCAAGCGCAGCAACUCAAAGCGAGGGCUGAAGCAGGUCACGCAGAUGCCUGGACGGACAGACUUGUUGACUGACUCUGAGAUCCGCAAAGACCGGGCCAAGAGCUGCUCGGUGAUGUGAGAGUAGACACAACUGCAGAGGGGCUGAAGUAUAGCACUGCCUGUCCAUAUCGCUUUGUGUAGUAACUGGGGAUGUAAGGUCUCUGCACCGAGGGCCACAUUCCCCAGGAUGUAGGUCAGAGCAAACUAAGGCCUCUCUAGAAGCUGCUGAGUUGGGCAGGGAGGGAUCUGCCUGAACCUGCAAAUGCUCAGCAUUAUGUGAAAGCACCUAGAUGGCCCAGUGUUGCACAAGACACAAAAAUGCUCAGGUAGCAGACAUCCUCCAAAGAAAGGAACACAUCCCUGUGAGCAGCACUGGAGGCAACAAUACUUCAAACCCUCUUAAGAGUUAUUAUUUUGGAGCUAGUUUCAAAUGUGUAGGUGUCCAGGCAACCCAAGUGUCUGGCAUUUUUGCAGCUGUGGUGUGUGGCAGUCAGACCAUGCCUACAGCAUAUGUGCACGUGUAUGUUUGUGCUCAUGCUCGAGGACAGUCAUGGAAUAAAAGAGUUACAGAAGG